AUGGGACUGUGCAAGGAUGAGAAUUUCGGCAGUUGCUACGGUUUUAGUGGAGGCAACGGCGAAUGUGUCGAUCUUCCACGUGAUUGGAAUGACGUCGUGAGCAGUUUGUGGAACGAUGGUGGUCCAUGCGCUGCCUAUAUGGAGGGAAAAUGCGAAGGAGGACCCCUGUGGGUCACAUCGGUAAUGGCCAGUAUGGGGCAGUAUAACGAUCAAAUGUCUUCAUUCAGAUGUUAUGCGGGUUAA